AUGGCCCCCUCUAUCAUGUCUCCCGUCGCCCCGAGCGCGGAUGGAAUAUUCCGCUUCAAGCGGACGUCGAGCUCCCGUCAGGUCUCCACAGCACACGAUGGAGAUAGCAUUGUCUCGGGCGCAGCUCGCUCCGUUCAAUCUCCUCGCGUCACCUCUAGGAAGUUUAGCUCGAUGGGAACUACAAAUAUCUCCAGCGUCGUAGCUUCCCUUCAGCGCCGUAGUAACGAUGAGUUCGGAUCGAGCGCAUCCUCCAGGUUGCUAACAGCAACCCAUCACACGAUUGUGGAAUGGAUUCGCUCCGAGCGCAUGAGCCUUCUGCCUCCAGAGGGGAGUGAGUACGACAAAGUACUAGCGUGGGCUCAGCUGUUUGUUGACCGACUUCAUUCCUUUGACGAGGAACUCGAGCGAUUCGCUGGCGAUAGCUACUUGGCCGCUCAGCUGUCAUACGGCUACUGCUCCAUGCUUCUUGAGCUUGGAAGAGAAAACGCCGGUGCCCUCAUGGCCUCGUUCGGAUUUUUCUACAGUAUUUCGAUGUCUCUGGUAAACCUACUCGAACGCACCGAGCUAUUUAGUGUCACCCAAGAGAUUCAGGAACAGCUUGUUUUUGCGCUUUCCGACCUUGUCACCCUAGUUGCUAGUGUGGCUACCUACUUCCACAAAGCCAUUAGUGGAAUGACAUCGACUUCUCUCUCCGUCAACAUCUAUCGCACGUUCCCUGGCCAGAUUCAGACCUUCAAACAGCGUUGUGAGAAGAUUGCGGAGUCGAUGUGGAGACACCAACUCCUCAGGGAGCACCUUGAUGCAGACAAAGUGUCCGACGUGAGGGCCAUUCGAGCGUGGCUCGCUCCUGAAGACCAUGCAGUCAGCAGUAUUGCCGACCACAGCUCCCACUUGGCUCACGACCGCGAGGAACUGACUUGCCUCUGGAUGGCCCCCUAUCUAACCCGCUUUUUGAAGACUCCCCAGAAGCAUCUCAGCUUCACGGGUCCGGCAGGGUCCGGCAAGACUGUCCUGUCUUCCGUCAUUAUUGAUCACCUACAGCACCGUCAUGGCGGCGUCGCUUACCACACCCUCUUUGUUCCAAUCAAUGGUAGGAUUGCUGCACAGACUAGCUCAUUCGCGAUCGCGAAAUCCCUCCUUUCCCAGCUGCUCGAGAAGCGUAUUGGUAAUGUGCAACUGUUCCGCAUUCUCAGUGAUGCGUUGAAUAGAACGAGCGUUACCACUGAUCAUCAAACUUACGAUGAUAUUCUGUGGGACGCUGUGGAGCAGGCCCUUAACGCCUCUCUGACAGGUGCCAAGCAACUGGUUUUGGUCAUCGAUGGCGUUGAUGAGGCUAGCUGUGGCGAGGACAAGCUGUUGCGAAGACUUACGCAGGCUUCCAGCAAGGCGAACGCUAAGCUCAUUACCCUUGGGUCCCAGACUCCUCCCGAGAUUCCGGGCCAAACUCGGGUUCGGAUUACUGAGGAUCUCACCUUUGACGAUAUUGCUGCUGUUGUUCGUGGCUGCUUCCGUCCCAGCCAGGUCUACUCCAACCUCCCGAACAUUGAUCAGGAAACUCUCGUGGAGCGCAUUACGCACGCCUCUAAGAGUUCGUUCCUCCUGGCAAAGCUCAUUACCAAGCACGUUCGCAAGGAGACAACCCCUGAAAGCCUGAACAAAGCAGUUGACAGUGUGUUAUCCAAAAAGCCUGCUGUCCACGACUUUGUUGCCAGCGCUCUCGAGCAGCCAGAUGUCACCCCCGAAGGAAAACACAUGCUGCUAUGGCUUGCCACAGCUGAACGGCCGCUUCACGUCAAAGAGCUUUCCGAGCUCGCUUCCAUCCAGACUGAUAAGCGCACUGUCUCUGAGACCGCAGUGGAGCCCUUGCACGCUUUGAGGCCACUCAACUCGCUCGUCUUCCUCCAGUACGACUACUUCUUCCUCCGCCACGGACUUAUUCGCAAUGCUAUUGUGGACACAUUUACCCAAGGCAAGCUCAUCCCAUCCGUUAAGGACCGACACGCCGACCUAGUGACCAGGCUUCUCGUGUACAUCAAGUCAACUGUUACAGACCAGCACGAGCCAUCUUCUCUCCCAUCUCUGGAUUACCAUGACACGACAGAUCUGCUGGACAAGAGCCCACUCCUUGAAUUCGCGCUGCGAUACUGGGUUCCCGUUUUCCGUAAGACAACAGUCUUCACUAAGGACGGUGAGACCACCGCAGCGAAGGAGAUUUCCAAGGUGCUGCCAACCACAACAAUUGUUGUGCGCCUCCUGAGAUCCGUCUUGGAUAAUGUGUCCACCCCCGACCUAGUGACAUUCCAGACGUCAGUUACGAACAUCUACCGUACCGUAUUGACGCGGGACAAUGUGACCACCCUUCAGGCAAUCAUUACAUUGGCUAGUUUGGUGCGACAGGUGAACAGCCCGGAGCCUUUUACCCUGUUCUACGAGGCUGCUAUCCUUAGUCAGAAGCUACUUACUCCUCGCCACAUUGUCACCAUGCAAAUGGUUACCGUCUUCCUAGAGUUGACUACUGAACGUGUCACCGAGUCUAAGACCGACAUAAUGACAAGGCGUGAGGAGUUGCUGCUAGUACUGGUCGAAUGCUACAAGAUUCACUACGGAAACGCAUCUGAGAAAGUCCUAACUAUUCUGGACCAGCUUGUUGAGCACUACCGCAAGGUCAAAGACACCAAGAAAGUGGAGAGCACUCUUACCACUAUCCAGUCCUUCACUAGCGACCAUGGCACAACCACUAAUGGAACGGCCGGAACUCUCGAUGUCCGGCUUGUUGGUCGCCGCGACACCGACACUCAGGUUGUCCAGAAUUUCCGCCUCGACCUAGAUGACGAGGACGAGCUGUUGGAGACUACGGAAGGCUAUGAAGCUGAUGCUUUGCUCAACCUUGCCAACAAACAUGUGCAGACUGGCCGCGCCGAUCUCGCAGAGCGUACCUACGUUGAAUUCUGGCAGAGAGCAACACGGGAGUCCCGCGUAAACAAUUCCGCGUCGUGGGAAGACAAGAAAAUGAAAAUUAUUCUUGCGUACACCAAUUUCCUCCGCAGCCAAAAGAGGGACCACGAGGCAUCCUCUGUCCUCAACAGCUUCUGGCAGGACUACCAGCAGACCAAUGUCAGCCUUUCUGAAUCGAAGGUGUCUCACUUGGAACAAAUUGCAAAGGUAAUGAAGACUGUUGGUCUCUCUGCUGUCGCAUUGAGUGUUCUCAAGCAGGUCUCGGAGUACUACCACAGCACUCGCCGCACUGAGACCUCAAGCUACAAGGAGGUUCAACAGAUGCUACAGAGCACUUCGCAGGAGGUGAUGCACUCUGCCUCGUCCUCGUCGGUUGUAUCCGAGUCGACCUUGGAGGAGAUGAUCAUUGAAACAUCCUCUGCCAAAUCUGUCGACCAGAGCUUCUACGGUAGCGCUGAGACCUUGGUUGGCAUGUACAUCUCUCAGCGCAGAUGGCAACAUGCUUCGCGCACCAUCAAGCGAAUCCUGCAAAACACCUGGCCAGCCUUCUUUGCGACGACUCUCCAGGAUGUCACUUUGCCUCAGAAGCAUGUUGAUUCCUCGCUGUCUCUGGCUGACCGUCUAGCGCAGUGCUAUCACUCUCGUCACCGUCAAGCUAAGGAGCAGGACACUCGCUUCCGAAUUUACUACGCUGUCCGUUCUGGUCUGAACGUGGAAGACAAACUGCGACAGCACCACGUCUCUGAGAUCCUGCGUAUCCUGGAACGGACUUCGCAGACCGAGCUUGUGAUCAGCGUUUACCAGGAGCUUCUGAACGACUACACCAAGCACUACGGCCCCGACCACCCGACUGUCAUUCAGACGCUGCGCAAAUUGGCUGAGCUCACCCGGCCCCGGCCUGUCUUCCUGGACUACUACCAGCGCAUCAUCCAGGCACUGAACAAGAAUGGCAACUACCAUCCUGAUUCGCUCGAACCUCUCAACAUUGUUGCGACCGAGCUAUGGAACCAAGGCCGCUACUCUGAUGCUCUGCAUUACUGCACUAUUCUUUUCACGGCCUGGCUGAACAACCCCAAGCUCAGCCCGAAGUUCCAGGAUGAGAAGUUUGUUCAUGAAAUCUUCACCCGUUACGUCCAGUCUCUUCGUGCGGUCCGCACGGCGUUCCCCACUAUUCACAAGGUGACCCUGGAUUAUCAAACCAAGUGCAAGGCUGUGUUCAGCGCAACGGCAACAAUCACCGUGCAGGCCACCUUGACGCUCGCGCAACUCUGCCAGGAAUCGAAGCACUAUGAGAUCGACGCGAUCAGACUGUACGAGGAGCUGCUCAAAACCAACUCCAAGGACGUCAACUUGGACGAGAUCCGUGGCACCUUGGACGCGCUAUACGAGGAGCAGUCUGCCAUCGUCGCCAACACCGAGUUGACCGAGUCCGCGUCGUCCACCCAAGUGGAACAGGCUACCAGGGUGCUGAAGCGACGUAUCACUUCGCUGCGUGAGAGCUACGGAUGGGCUCACGAGGAGUCUCUUAGCAGAAUGACGGACGUCGUCAGCUUCUAUUCCAAGCAGAACAAGACCGUCGAAGUGGUUCAAGAGCUUCAGGAAGCCACCACUAACAUCCUCUCGUCUGAAACUUCAACUUCCCGGUUGAGCCAGGCCGCUGCAACCAUUGCGAGCUCCUACAUUGCUACCAACCAAACACAAAAGGCUGUGGAGUUGUCGAAUGAAGUCUACCGCCAGGUGAUCAAGAAAGACAACACCAACGCCAAGUCAACUAAGUUCGACCUCACCUCUAAGAGCCGCCAGAAUCUCAUCUUCCUUGCUCAGCUUGAACACCACCUCCACCGCCAGUCGUCGACGGUCACUGAAAUCCUGGCUUCGUUGACCACUGAGUUGGUUUACUUUGAAGAAUUCCAGCAGCAAAUUCGGUCGAGCAGCAGCUUCAUCUCCACUAGCGUGUCGACUGCCCGUCUUUACCACUUCCUGAUCACGAACAACCGACAGGAUGUUGCUACCGACGUGGCCAACGAGUUUGUCAAGUAUUUCCUUGCGAACGAGGGCAAGCGUGUUGGCUUCAAGUCUUCCGAUGAAGUUAAGGUGUUCAUCAUGAUGAUCCUGCACUACUUCGGCACCCGCCAGUCGAACGAUAUUGUUCGCUCCGUUGGAAUCGCUAGCACCAGCCACGUCACCGAGCUGGUCAGAUUGCAGAAGUACGAUGAGGCUUGUGAUCUGGCUCUGGCAUCUUUCAAAUUCAUCAAAGCCCAGGAAAGCUACCGCACGCCAGCCAUUGCCCGAUUUGUUCUGGUUCUCAGCAUGAACGUGUCCGGCCGUGGCCUCCAGCUUAAUGCUGCGACCCAUAAGAGAAUGCUCGACACCUCCGCGACUAUCAUUCAGGAUGUGCUCCGGGUGCUUCACGAGCAGAAGAUUAACAUCGCCCAAGUUGGUCUCGAGCACUUGAACAGCAUUGUCGGCCUCCUCGGGCAACAGGGCGACUACCCCAGCCUCUCAAUGGUCCUCACCUCGAUCUGGAAAAGCCGGGAGGCACACCGCGACUGGGACCCCUCUGUUACACUCUCCCUGGGCCGUCUGUACAUCAUGGCACGAUACCUGGUCGGUGACACCACUUCCGCCGUUCGCCUGGCAGAAGACAUUGUGUACAACUGCCGCCGUGUGAACGGUGCCCGCAGCCCUACCACCCUGACCAUGUCUGUCCUUUUGUCCCAGCUUUACACUGGCAUCGGCCAGCGCUACCAGGCGCACAAGGACGCCCAGGAACUCGCAAACAGGUACUAUAAGCGCAGCGCCGCACUACACGAGAACGUCCUCCGUGCUCUCAGCGAUCCCACCUUUGAAGAUCUCGACGGCAGCGCCGACGAUGGUAGCGUCAAUGGCAGCCUCAACGGCAGCGUAAACGGCAGCGUGACCCCCUCGAGACUGGACAGCGAAUUUGUGGCCGACUUCACCAACGGCGCAUCAAUCGAGGACCAAGUCCGUCAGCACUUCAAGCUGUUCAAGCUCGCUAUCCAGCGUCUUGGAGGUUGGCCCAAGGACUAUGCCGAGUACCAGCGCCUGAAUGGCGACCUCUUCCGCGAAUACCCCACCGCCCUCGACGGUGUCGAUGGUAUUGAUAAGUGGGAGCUGAAGGGCUACGGAUCUGGAAAGGCUGAGAGUAAGGAGGAUCUUAUCGACGCCGAUUUCAAGGAAUGGCAGCUCUUUACCGACACCAGAAUUGUGGAUGAAGCCGAAGAGGAGGAACUCUGA